AUGCGUCGUGUCCUCGAAAAACUAUCUGUGUUAAACUUAACUGGUAUCAAGCUGGUCUAUGCUCGUGACUUUGUGUCAGGAAGUAAUGAUGAAGAACUCGAACUUCUAUCGCUUCUCUACGCCGACGAUGUAGCCGCCGCUGACAACCCACCCGACAUCGAACUCUUUAUUCGAACCUUUGACGAAGUCUCACAAGAAUUUGGACUCACAAUGAGCAUCAAAAAGACUUGUAUCUUGCCCGUUCGACAAUUAAAAGAAGACGCAUAA